UUGGUGGGCAAAGCAGUUUUCUACUUUAUUUUUAAAUUGUACUCUGGCUACUUGAUGGGUUUUAACAUAUAUGGUUUUAACUGCACCAAAAUCUUGUGGAUUUGUGUAAUUUAAUUUAUUUUGUAUUUAAUUAAAAGAAUUUCGGUAAGAUGCCAGAUGAUAGAAAGAAGAUGUAUUCAAAACAAAGCACUGGGACAGUCCCUAAAUCCAAACACAGGAACAAUACAGCUUUUACAAAUCAUGAUAAUUUCCAACGUAGUUUAUCAAACAAUUUGGGUUUAGACGGGCAACGACAGGAUUAUUCGAAUUAUUCGAGAAACUCCGAUAGAAAUUUUAGCCACUUAUUGCCGUAUAUGAUGGACGCCUCGUUUGUAGACCGUAGUCAGAAUCCCACAUCACAAAUUAACCUAUCAGCACCUACAGCGAAUGGCACGUUGUCCACAUCUAGUACUAGCGGCUCUAACUCUAGGCGUGAGUCUGUAGGGACAAUUCCGAAAUGUGACAAUGUGAAAAAGUGUCCCGAUAAAAAGCAGAUUGAGGACAAGUUAAAUCAAAUUCGUGAAUAUCUCCAAGUAACGACCUCUUUAAUGUCGAGCAUAAAAAACGAGGAUCAGUCUGCCAUAAAUGAAUUAGAGAAUUUUAAGAAAAUGAUUAAAGAUCUUAAAGAUAGUGAAGCAAAACUAUUGGCUUUGUUAGAUGAUCCGUUGUAUGAUGAAAGUAGUGAUCCACCUUCCUUAGCAAAUGUUCAAGAGCAUCUAGAAAACGGAGUGGAUAAUGGAUCUGAGAUUAGUUCGAGCGGCUAUCAAAGAAACGAAUUAGAGGAAAAGGUAGAAUUUACAAAUCGCAAAGUACAGCUUCUACGUGAGCAACAAAAUGCGCUCAUAAAUCUAAAACGUAAGGCGGAAAAUCAAUUGCGCGACGCUAGACAAGCGCAAGAAAAUCUAAUGCUAAUGCAGCAACAGCAGAAGAACGAGAACCGAUUGCAAAAUUUAGAAUUAGAUCACGAGCAGGGAAUUGGUAACGAAAUUUUUGCCGGUGAUAAAAACUUGAAUGAAAAUCAAUUUGACAUUGCAAUAAAAGAGUUAGAACAUAGGUUGGAUAGUAUGAGAAAUGAUUCGAGACAAGCCGCCGCGAAUGCUCAAGAUCAUUCAUUAGAUUAUUUGCAGGAGCAGCUGCAUUUGCUCGAUAAUCACGACUCACAGUUAAAUAGUGAACAUAUUGAGCUGCAGCAAAAGUUAAAUGAUUUACAAGGUAAAAAGAUGCAAAUUGAUCGCCUUGCUGAGCAGCUUCAAAAUUUAGGGGAUGAUGAUGAGGAAGAUAUAGGAAACCAAGUUCGCAAAAUAGUAACAAUGAAGCAACAAUUAUCCAGUUUAAAAGAUUUAUUGGAGGUAGUAAAAAACACUGAAUACUCUUUACUUGACUCCCAAAAUGUUAAUGGUUUGGAAUUGGAGCCUCCAGAACCGAUUCAAAGUGGCAGCGUUAAGAGAGAUAAUAUACGUCAAAAUGUAAUGAUAAAUCAUAAUCAAAACGAUCGUCCUAGGGUGGACAAUAAUCGCGCGAGAGUCAAUGAACAAUGGCCAAUAGAGAAACAAAGCAAUAAAAGUAUUGUCAACAUCAAAGAACGUGAGAAGGUACUCGCUGAACUGAAAUCGAAGAAGCGGGAAUUGGAAGAAAUAAUGUACAAGCAGAAAGAUAGUACCUCCAUUAAUAACGAUGUAUGUAGUGAGAGCUCUGUAAAUAAAUCCGAUGUUGGUGCAAAUAAUGUUUACGAUAAUGUAGUUAUGUCUUGGUUACCUGUCCAUCCGUAUCAACACAAUCAAGUUGCAUCCCUUUACUCUAGUGAUGAAUGUGCAGAGGAAGACAUUAAUGAAUAUUCAGAAUUGAAUUAUACAACUGAACCUCCUAUGGGAACUGUACCUCCACCACCACAGCCAGUGUUGUCCUCGAACUAUACCACAGCUUUUCCAAAGAGGAGCGAUACCAACCAAUCUUUGGACAGUAGAUGUACAAGGAGCUCUGCGAGAAGAAGUAGUUCAAGAACUAGAGAACCUUGUGUACCAAGCAUUUCUACAACCACGCCUAUGGAACAGGAACAACCCCUCCCAAAUUGUUCAAUGCAAACUGAUAGUACCAAAGCUCAAUUGCAGAAGCAAUUGGAAUUGAUCCAGUGUGUCUGUCAAUCACUGUUAGACCAACAGGCAUCCAACUCCUCAAACUUGUCAAAUGUUCAACAUCUCAGAAAUAAUCUAACCCCGUCCUCUUUGUAUUCGGAACCCAAGCGUUACUCAUCAGGCAAUCUUCGUCAGAGUACCGCAAGUCUCAAUAUGGAUCUGCCCUACUUUAAUAACCCGAACACCUCCAACCACUACGCAUUUGGCGAAGCAGCAAACAACCAAAACAUGCUCGCGGCGAACACAUUGCAAACGCAGGCGUUUCUAUUAAACACCCUAAAUCAGUGUUGUCAAAUGCUGUGGUUCCAGCAGAGGGAGAUUGCCACACUUCGAUCAAUGAUAUGUUCAAUGCAAGAUCAACUGAUGCAUGGACAGAACGAAACUGAUAUCAACUCAGUUCCACUUCCCCCCACCUCUUUCGUCCUUCCCACCCGACCCGCGUCGUCGAUGUCCAAUUUUCGCCCCUCCCAACCGAGAUCGGCCAAUCCCAAAGUUAACCAUGUCUCGUCCGCAUGCUCCCUACCGAAUUUGAAUCCUCCCACCCUUCAUGCGAAUGCCGAUAACGCUUACUUGACCCAAAACAAUAUUCGUUCGAGUCCAAGUGCACGUUUGCUCGAAUCAAGUUUGAAUAAUACCGCACCAAUUCACAGUCACCUUAACCUGAGUGGUGAUUCGCCCGCUAAUAACACGCUACUACCCAAUGUUAACACCGGCAUAGUUCAGCCAUUACCUUCGCAAAUUUGGAACGGUCAAGCGUUAAAUAAUCAAGUACCUCCUGGUAAUAGAGCUAAUAAUUACUGGGACAAUUUUCGAAGUUAUUCCCGUCAAAAUCUUCUAUCAACAUCAUCUAAAAGUAACGAAGGCCUACAAAACACCGCAACAUCGAGCUUAACAGUAGACAGUAGAAAUACCACAACAGAGAACAGAAAUUCCAUCCUAGAGAGUAGAAACAGUACAGUAGAGAAUCGUAACAGUGCAGUAGAUCGUACGAGAACCAUCCAUUCCUCACCUCUUCAACCUUUUUCCCCAAAGUUAAAUAUGGUUCACAACGAAUCCGCAAACACAUCAGAAGAAGGCACGCCGAGGCGAGUACGAUUAAAUAAGCCAGUAGCCAGUAUUCCUCCAGAUGUAUUAAAUGUGAACCAUAAUUCGAAUCAAAAACGAAACGAAACGCCUAACGCCACUGCUGCUGUCGCAUUAGAUUUACAUUUGCCCGAAAAUAAUCUGCAACAAGACGGCAAUAAUUCUCCACACGAUCGAAAUUUGUACACAUCGACUAGUCACAGGAAUAGGAACGAGUGGCACAACAACGAACAGUCAGAGAGAUUGCCUAAUUUCAGGUCUAAGUUAUUCGAGGAAUUGCGCGAAAAUGUUUAUAAGGAGGUGGCAAAUUUGAUAUCGGCAAAUGAAAGUAGACCUCAUUUCUUAAUUCAGCUAUUUAGGGAUUUACAGCAAGUCAACUCGGAUGCGCUCAGAGGUCGAACGUUACAAUCCAUUCAGACGCUCUUAACCAAUGCUUUAGAGACAAUGAGAGGGGGCGCUGGUGGGCGACAGUCUAAUAUUCAGUCUCUUGUUGAUCAGGAAGCUAUGCAAGGCGAUUCGGAUGAAUUUCCUUUGGCGCAACCAUUGUGGGCACAGCUACUCUCAGCACAAAGUAAUUCAAAUGAAUUGGGUAACAACGAGGAUCCCGAUAUCCACAACAUACUAAAAAUGACAUUCUCUUUUCUGACACUGCAUCAAGAUGAGGUGUUGCAAACAGAAUUGAUGUUGUUGUUGAAAGACUUCAUAAUGAAAGCAAUUCCAUUCACGCAAAUAUUCGCAAAUAUCAAUUUACAGGAACGCACUUUUCACACACAUUUCAUGGGCAUUCUAAACGAGGCGUUUGAAAAAUAUCAAGGACGAAGAGUCGCGGAAGUUAAAAAGGACUUACUAAAGACAAUUUCCGAUGUUCUGGUCGAGGAAUUUUCUUUUAUCUAUUUAGUGAAGGAAAACGUUGCAGAUAAUUGCGAGAAUGUGACGCAUCAAUGCAAUAAUCCGCCGAUUCACGAUGGUCAGUUGUCGUUAAACUUGCAAUGUCAGCCUAUGGUUCAAAUUAUUGAGGAAGGAAACACGCCUCAAAUGCAAAAUGGAGAUUUGGCCGAGGCGGAUCAGAGUCAUUUGGAAUUAUUGGACGAAGAGGGAGCCGUUGGAGGUGCUGUAAGUCCUAUUGUCGGACCAAGCUCUCUCAAUUUGAGCGCUCUCGAAAAUGUGGAAGAUGUCAACGACAUGGAAUUUGCUGCGAAUGUCGAAUCUGAAAUUGAAUUCGUGGAACAAGGCUUAGAUCAAGUUCCAACUCGGUUAACGGGAUCAAGACCACAUUCCAGUACACCGAGCCGAGAUCGGUCGAAUACCUCACGUUCGGACCACAGUGACCACUUUUAGCUAGACGGAUGUUGGGUUCCUUCCUUGUUUGCGGGUUGUUUUCAAAAGUUUGCUAUGUAAUAUUAAAUACGGAAAUGAAAAAAAAAAUUUAUUUAUUUCGUACAAAAUGUUCUAAUUAAAUACUUAUUUAUGCAUA